AUGUCCCGUGAUGCAAUGCGCAACGUGGGAGUCCGACGAAGGCGAGACCGCUAUUCUGACAAUUCCAAGCAAACGGUUGAGCAGCAGACACGAGAGUUGCACAAGCUUCCUGAGGCCGGUAAUACCGUUGAUAAAAUCGUCUAG